GUGUUUGUAAAGUACUCCUGCCGAUCCUGGGACAGCAUGGGCAGUUCUUCUUUGAAACUCAACAAAUGAGGCUAAUGGAUGCUCAUGUCAUGGAUUGGUUGGGGACAAAAAUUGACCUUUCAUUACUGAGAGAUAGUUGCCCUUACCUGCAUCGAACAACAGGGGAUACAGAAAGGAAGUAUCAUCUCAGAUAUUACAAGACUGGAACAUGCAUUCAUGAAACAGAUGCCCGGGGUCACUGUGUGAAGAAUGGAAUUCACUGUGCCUUUGCUCAUGGUCCACAUGACCUUAGACCACCAGUAUAUGACAUAAGAGAACUUCAGGCACAGGAAACCUUACAGAAUGGGCAGCUAGGAUGCGGUGAAGGCAUUGCAGAUCUGCAGCCAGGAAUUCUAGCAAGCCAGGCAAUGAUUGAGAAGAUCCUUAGUGAAGAUCCAAGAUGGCAGGACACAAAUUUUGUAUUAGCUGGCUACAAGACAGAACAAUGUACCAAGCCACCCAGACUCUGCCGCCAGGGUUAUGCAUGUCCGCACUAUCACAACAGUCGAGAUAGAAGACGAAAUCCCAGAAAAUUCAAAUACAGGUCCACUCCCUGCCCCAAUGUAAAACAUGCAGAUGAAUGGGGUGAACCUUCAAGGUGUGAAAGUGGGGAUAGCUGUCAAUAUUGUCAUUCUCGCACAGAGCAGCAGUUUCAUCCUGAGAUAUAUAAAUCUACAAAGUGCAAUGACAUGCGCCAAACAGGUUACUGCCCACGCGGUCCAUUUUGUGCGUUUGCACAUGUUGAAAGGAUUCCUUCAACAGAGGACACCAUGAAUGUAGUCAUACUGCAAACUGGUUGUCAAUCAAAGCCAGGCGCUCACCUGUUUUCAACAGACAGCAUAGGAAUUGCAAAUGAAUGGAGCAGCAGUCUUAACUCCACAAACAGCAUUACAAAUAGCAGUGGUCAGUCUGGAAAUGUAAGUGUAAAUAAUUCUGGAAAAGUUACUAAUAAUAAUCACUGUGCCAAUAUACAAU